AUGGCUGGUAAAGCACCCAGAAAACUGGCUACAAGAGCUGCUCACAAGAGUGCGCCCUCUACUGGCGGGGUGAAGAAACCUCAUCCUUACAGGCCUGGUACUGUGGCACUCAUUAGAGGUUAUCAGAAGUCCACUGAACUUGAUUCACAAACUCCCCUUCCAGCACCUGGUGCAAGUAUUGCUCAAUACUUCAAAACAGAUCUGUGCUUCCAGAGCGCAGCUAUUGGUGCUUUGCAGGAGGCAAGUGAGGCCUAUCUGGUUGGCCAUUUUGAAGACACCAACCUGUGUGCUCUCCAUGCAAAACGUGUAACAAUUGUGCCAAAAGACAUUCAAUUAGCACGCCACCUCAUCUGUGGAGAACUUUCUUAA